UCCCGCAGCGCCCCGGCCGCUGGCGCUGGCGGCCGUGGCCCGUUACAGCGCGGCCGUUACCGUCCGGUGGCGGCUGCCAGGGUUGCUCGUCGCCGGGCCUUGCCUGACUCCUUUUGGGGUCGUCUAAGGAACAUCUAAUAAGCCUAAAUCUAAAGUUCUAGACCCAACUACAGCUUUUAUAUAUAUAUAUAUAUGUAUAUAUAUAUAUAUAUAUAAAACAUAAAGGUACUUCUGAGGAGCUCAUAAUGAGAAACCAGCCAAUUCCUGGUUGCAAAGGGAAUGUUGUAUAUACAGGUAAACGGCGCUCCUGCGCAGGCUAUGACGUUUCAGUCAGACCCAGGCACAGUGCAAAGGCUAAGCCUGACCUCCCCAAAAGAAGAGACUGGCCCGGUGACCCCUGGGCUCGGCACCAAGCUACUCGUCUGCAAGAACAGACCACUCACAAGCCCUGCCCCAGCUCCUGUAGCGGCAAGUUAAAUCCCAAGGAGGAAUGCUGUACAGAGAGAUCAGUGCUUGCCCAGCCAACAUUUGUUUUUGCAAAGAAGGAUUGUCUUUUGAAGCGACCUGCAGAAGACCCAGUUUGCAAAACUGAAAAUGAUUUCAUUAGUUAUUCCAGAAAGCGUGCAAGAUCAUCAUCUUUUACUUGCCAGAAGUCUGACUCUAAGUCUAACACAGAUACAACUCCUACACAGAAAAGAGGGAGAUCAUCUUCCUUUACCAUCCUUCCUACCUUCCCUCCCCCCCAGUCAGUGAAGAAUAACAUAUUCAUGACCUCAGCUCUUCUUCGAAGAAACCCUGACUUGAUCAAAAGUACAAAAGAAGGAUCCUUGUCACAAAGUCAGCUGCGGAAUGUCAUUAGACCUGCCAUCUUACAACCCCCACAAGCUGUGACCUGCCCUGAAAAUCCUAUAGUAUCUCUAGUAACAAAGAAAGAAGCACCUGUUCAGCUAUCUGAAGACAGCUCUGACUCCUCAGCUGAGGAUUCAGUAAGUUCCAAACCAGCAGUGAGGUCAUCUACUAAUAUGAAUCUUCCUAGCUCUAAAACAACACAAAGUCAGUUGUUUGAAGACAGAAGUGUACAAAAGAGCAGCAAUUCUGAUUUUGUGUUUGGAGAAAACAUGGUUGAGAGAGUUUUGAGUCCUGAAAAGCACCCCAAGCCAUGUAAUGAAGCUGAUUCAUACAAAGGAGAAGUAACAUCCAUGUACAUAGAAUCUUUUCAAGUCAGUCCGCAAACAAAAACAGCUUUUUUGAGGAAUGCAACACUAAUUGAAUCAGCAGCUGCUUGUAUUUCAAACCCAGUGGAGAAAAUUCUGUUAGAUAAAGUUGAAGUUAUAACUGGAGAAGAAGCAGAACAUAAUGUAUUACAGAUCAACUGCAAGCUCUUUGUAUUUAAUAAGCUUUCUUUAACCUGGAUUGAAAAAGGCAGAGGAUCCCUGAGGCUUAAUGACACUUCCAGCAAUAAAUGUGGAAUGCUGCAGUCAAGGCUAAUUAUGCGAAAUCAAGGCAGCUUGAGACUGAUUCUUAACACCCGACUCUGGGAUCAAAUGGUUAUAAAAAGAGCAAACAGAAGGAGCCUGUGCUUCACUGCAACAGACCAAGAGGACCACUCUGUUCAAGUAUUUCUAAUUCAGGCAAGCUCAAAAGACACUGGAUACCUGUAUGCAGCAAUACACCACCGCCUUGUGGCAUUGCGAAGCUUUGCUGAGCAAGAGCUGAAUGCUAAUCAAGUAGACACAGAGUCAGAAACAGCUUUUCAGCAAUUAAAGUGUGAUAGCGAUGAUGAAGAUGAUGAAAAAAUAACUCAAGUGAGCAGCAGUGGAUCUGUGCCAAAGACCCAGUCACUCUGUAAAAGUGGUUCCACAAACUACUGCCUUCUACCUAACCAUUCUCAUAAGAAAUUAGAAAAAUCAAUUCUAAUGCCACCUGUGAAUGAAGACUUACCAGAUCACUCAUAAGGCCAUGCACAGAUAGAUACCGUUUAUGCUCUGUGUUUUCUACUAAUUCUGUCAAAAGUUAAAGAAAAUAUGUCUAUAAUCAUUCUGCUGCAACUCUGCUGCCUUGUAUAUUGCUGGUUACCAAAUACUAUUUGUAAUCCUCAGACCUGAAACAACAUUCUGAAAUAUCUGAAAUACUUUUAAUUAAGGUAAUUGCAAUGCUUUCUCAAUCUUAAAAGGAGCAUCACACCUAAAGAGUCAAAUUGCAAUUUAGUUUUCCCAUCUGAACAUAUGUAGGAAGUUGGAAGAACACCAGCUUCUUCCUGAAUUCUCAGUGCCCUGUCAAGAUUAGCAUCCAGAUGAAGCUGAACUAGCAUCUUGAUUAUGCUGAGUCCUAAAUAGCCUGCCCAAAUUAGCAUUUGUCAGAUAUUGAUUUAGCAUCUGGAUUGACAGUGAGCUUAAGUAGGACUGGAUUUUUGCCUUCAGGAAAAGGGGAGUGCUUCACAACAGAGCACCUGCCUCAAAUAGUGAAGCACUGGGAUUCUCUUUGACUCUUCAGUCUGCAGAUAACAAAAAUGUUCUUUCCAUGACUAGCUGCACAUUGUGUCCUUUUCUGUCAGCCUCCUGACCAUAACAAUAUUUGCAUCACUGACCUUCAUAUUUCAUUGCUGUAACUCAUACUCAGAAACAAAGCUCCAUGUUAUAGAAAUUUCAGCAGUUGUAAACCACAGCAGCCCUAUGUAUUUAGCAACAGGUCAUGGUGAUAACUUUGCCCUGGAGUUCAGCUGGCUGUGCACUAAAUGCAGAGUUUGAUUUCAAAGUCUGCCCUGAUAAUCAAAGCCUUCUGUGAAAUAGGAUUUAAGCACCUGAGUGUCAUGAUAUCCCUCUAAAAUCUACUACAGCUGUAAAAUCCUUGGCAAAUGGAGUGUUCCAGAACAGGCACAACAGAAUAUUUUGCAAACACAGGACUUAAACUUUGUCAUUUGCUCCCACAGCAUGAGGAACAAGGCUUAGGAUCAUUCAUAGAUAAACAAACUCUCUUUUGAUCUGCCUCUUCCCAAGUUUGUUACAUAUAUACAGAAGUAUACACAGAAAUACACACGCUCGUGCACACACACACUCUUAAACAUGAAGCUGUGUCUCCUAAAAGCUGUGGAGGAAAAGAGAUGUUUCACUAUGUUGAAGAGUUUGGACACUGUGGUAAUAGAGGACAUAUAAAUACAUAUAUGUGCAGACAUAUUUAUGGUAUGAAUUCUUACUCUUGAGAUCCUAAUACUUUAUUUAUUCUAUUUAGUCUCAUUGCACUAAAAUUCAUUGUUUCUCAAGACUGAAGCUAUGCUAAUAUGUAUUAUUAACUUGGUUUUAAAAAUGUAAAGCUUGUCAUUUUAUGACAGCCGGAGCAACAAUUUCUAUGCCUGAACAAUAAA